AUGGAAGCUCAAGGUCAUGGAGAUAGGGUUUCUCAACAUGAGAUUGUUGGCCAACAGGGUUGGAAUGUAGAGGAUGAGGCAGAGUCUAGGGAUAAUAAUCAACCCGUACAUCCUCCGCCCCCAAUUGUACCUAUCCUACAGCUAGAUCCUGCUAUCUUAGCACAAACUAUCAUUGCUACUCUACAAGCUCAAGACAUAAGAAGAAAACCUAAGGAUAUCACAGAACAUGCUAAGAAGUGUGGAGCAUUUGAUUUUCAUGGCUCCAUUGAUUCCAAAGAAGCAGAUAGAUGGCUUAGAGCUACAGAUAAGUCAUUUAACACAUUCGAGGUGACAGAUGUGCAAAAGGUCAACAAUGUCUAUGGCUUGCUACAUGAUACAGCAGAUGCAUGGUUUUCUAGGAUCAGAUUGCUAUUAGGAGAUCAGUUGACCUGGGAGAUAUUCAAGACCGAGUUCCGCAGGGAGUAUUUAACUGAAGCAUACAAUGCAGAAAGGCAGAAUGAGUUUAUUACAAGUUUGCUUCAGAAAUCUUUCCUACAGAAGCUUAAAAAUGUAGAGAAGGCGAUAGAAAAAGAAAAGCUGAGAGAAGAGCUUGAACAAGAGAGUAAACAAAAAUCUUCUGUUUGGAGUGGAAAACAAGGUGGAUUUAACAAGGGAACUAGCUCAUUUCAACAAAGAAAAUCAGAUACUGGAGGAUCUAGAGCGAGACAACCAGCAUCUAGUGUCGUUAGUGUGGCUAGCAAGAAGAGAUCUAUAACUUACUUUGAAUGUGGUGGCAUGGGACAUAUUAGGAGGGAUUUUCCUAGUGUGGCACAGUUUAGCUUAGGUCGUGGCAGAGGUUUCCAAGGUACUGCAAAUAGAGGUGGUCGAACAUCAUGCUUUGAUAGAGGUUUUGGUCGAGGUUCUGGCUUUAAUACGAAUAAGGAAGGCGGAGCCUCAACUUCAACACAGCCUAUGCAAGCAGCUUCUCCAUAUGUCAUUUCUAGUAGGUUAACUAUCUUUGGUAGGGAUGCUUAUGUUUUAAUUGACCCUGGUGCAACACAUUCUUUCAUUGUGUUAUCAUUCAUAUCAUGCAUACCUCGAGAUAAGAGUGUGAUGAAUCAUGCUUUAAAUGUAGAUUUACCAGUGGGUCAGUCAGUAGUUUGUCAGCAAGUUUAUAAAAAUUGUGAGAUACAGAUUGGGGAUCAUAAGUUUGAGGUAGAUUUAGUACCUUUGGCACUCCAGAUGUUUGAUGUUAUACUUGGUAUAGAUGUUUUAUCCAAAUACAAAGCAGUUUUUGACUGGUAUAGAAAGAGGGUGCAAUUUCAAUUACCAGAACAUGGUGAAGUUGUAUUCAAAGAUACAGAAAAAGAAGGGGUAAAACUUGAAAAUAUUCCUAUUGUGAAUAAAUUUGCUGAUGUAUUUCCUGACGAUCUACCAGGCUUACCACCAGAUAGAGAAAUUAAGUUUAGUGUUGAUUUGCAAUCAGGAACUAACUCUAUUUCUCAAGCUCCGUAUAGAAUGGCACCAGCUGAAUUGAAAGAACUAAAAGUACAAUUGCAAGAAUUGCUUGAUAAAGGUUACAUUAGACCUAGUUUUUCACCUUGGGGAGCUCCAGUAUUAUUUGUGAAAAAGAAAGAUGGAACUAUGAGAUUGCGUAUUGAUUACAGACAGCUGAACAAGGUUACAAUUUGCAACAAGUAUCUUUUACCUCGAAUAGAUGACUUAUUUGAUAAACUACAAGGAGCUAAAGUAUUCUCCAAGAUUGACUUGAGAUCUGGUUAUCGUCAAUUGAAGAUUAAGAAUCCGGAUGUUCCUAAGACUGCAUUUAGGACUCGAUAUGGUCACUAUGAAUUCCUUGUCAUGCCAUUCGGGUUAACUAAUGCUCCAGCUGCUUUUAUGGAUUUGAUGAACAGAGUUUUCAAGCCUUAUUUAGAUAGCUUUGUGAUUGUAUUCAUCGAUGAUAUCUUAGUGUAUUCUAAAUCUGAGGAGGAGCAUGCAGAGCACUUGAGAAUUGUUUUCCAGACUUUUAGAGAAAAACAAUAG